AUGGGCGCCGCGGAAGGCAGGAUGCGGGGAGCGCCCGCGCGCCUGCUGCUGCCGCUGCUGCCCUGGCUGCUCCUCCUGGCGCCCGCCACUCUGGGCGCGCCGGGCUGCCCGGUGCCCAUCCGCAGCUGCAAGUGCUCGGGGGAGCGGCCCAAGGGGCUGAGCAGCGGCGCCCCCAACCCGGCGCGCAGGAGGGUAGUGUGCGGCGGCGGGGACCUCCCGGAACCUCCCGAGCCCGGUCUUCUGCCCAACGGCACCGUUACCUUACUCUUGGGCAACAACCGGAUCACGGGGCUCCGGAAUGGAUCCUUCUUGGGACUGUCUCUGCUGGAGAAGUUGGACCUACGGAACAACGUCAUCAGCACCGUGCAGCCUGGCGCCUUCCUGGGCCUGGGGGAGCUGAAGCGCCUAGAUCUCUCCAACAACCGGAUCGGCUGUCUGACCUCUGAGACCUUCCAAGGGCUCCCCAGGCUCCUCAGACUGAACAUAUCUGGAAACAUCUUCUCCAGUCUGCAACCUGGGGUUUUUGAUGAGCUGCCAGCCCUUAAGAUUGUGGACUUCGGCACUGAGUUCCUGACCUGUGACUGCCACCUGCGCUGGCUGCUGCCCUGGGCCCGGAACCACUCUCUGCAGCUGUCCGAGCGCACGCUCUGUACCUAUCCCCGUGCCCUGCACGCCCAGGCCCUGGGCGGCCUCCAGGAGGCCCAGCUCCGGUGCGAGGGCGCACUGGAGCUGCACACGCACCACCUCAUCCCGUCCCUCCGCCAAGUGGUGUUCCAGGGGGACCGGCUGCCCUUCCAGUGCUCUGCCGGCUACCUGGGCAACGACACCCGCCUCCGCUGGUACCACAACCGGGCGCCUGUGGAGGGCGAUGAGCAGGCAGGCAUCCUCCUGGCAGACAGCCUCAUCCACGACUGCACCUUCAUCACCAGCGAGCUGACCCUGUCUCACAUCGGUGUGUGGGCCUCGGGCGAGUGGGAGUGCUGCGUGUCCACGGCCCAGGGCAACGCCAGCAAGAAGGUGGAGAUCGUGGUGCUGGAGACCUCCGCCUCCUACUGCCCGGCCGAGCGCGUGGCCAACAACCGCGGCGACUUCAGGUGGCCUCGAACUCUGGCGGGCAUCACAGCCUACCAGUCCUGCCUGCAGUACCCCUUCUCCUCGGUGCCCCUGAACGGGGGGUCCCCGGGCAGCCGAGCCUCCCGCCGGUGUGACCGUGCUGGCCGCUGGGAGCCGGGAGACUACUCCCACUGUCUGUACACCAACGACAUCACCCGCGUGCUGUAUACCUUCGUGCUGAUGCCCAUCAACGCCUCCAACGCGCUGACCCUGGCCCACCAGCUGCGGGUGUACACAGCCGAGGCAGCCAGCUUUUCAGACAUGAUGGAUGUAGUGUACGUGGCUCAGAUGAUCCAGAAAUUUUUGGGUUAUGUGGAUCAGAUCAAAGAGCUGGUGGAGGUGAUGGUGGACAUGGCCAGCAACCUGAUGCUGGCAGACGAGCACCUGCUGUGGCUGGCCCAGCGCGAGGACAAGGCCUGCAGCGGUAUCCUGGGUGCCCUAGAGCGCAUCGGGGGAGCUGCCCUCAGCCCCCACGCCCAGCACAUCUCGGUGAACUCGAGGAACGUGGCGCUGGAGGCCUACCUCAUCAAGCCGCACAGCUACGUGGGCCUGACGUGCACAGCCUUCCAGAGGAGGGAGGCAGGAGCGUCGGGGGCCCGGCCAGGUAGCCCGGGCCAGAGCCCCCUGCUCGAACCCGAGCCUUUGGCUGACCAGCAGCUCCGCUUCCGCUGCACCACCGGGAGACCCAACGUUUCCCUGUCGUCCUUCCACAUCAAGAACAGCGUGGCCCUGGCCUCCAUCCAGCUGCCCCCCAGUCUGUUCUCAUCCCCCCCGGCGGCCCUGGCUCCCCCGGGGCCCCCAGACUGCACCCUGCAGCUGCUCGUCUUCCGAAAUGGCCGCCUCUUCCGCAGUCACGGCAACACCUCCCGCCCUGGAGCUGCCGGGGCUGGCAGGAGACGCGGCGUGGCCACCCCUGUCAUCUUCGCAGGCACCAGUGGCUGUGGCGUGGGAAAUCUGACGGAGCCAGUGGCCGUUUCGCUGCGGCACUGGGCAGAGGGGGCUGAACCUGUGGCGGCUUCAUGGAGCCAGGAGGGACCAGCGGGGCCAGGGGGCUGGAGCUCUGAGGGGUGCCAGCUCCGCUCCAGCCAGCCCAAUGUUAGCUCCCUGCACUGCCAGCACUUGGGCAAUGUGGCCGUGCUCAUGGAGCUGAGUGCUUUUCCCAGGGAGGUAGGGGGCUCAGGGGCCGGGCUACACCCUGUCGUGUACCCCUGCACAGCCCUGCUGCUGCUCUGCCUCUUCUCCACCAUCAUCACCUACAUCCUCAACCACAGCUCCAUCCACAUCUCCCGGAAGGGCUGGCACAUGCUGCUGAACCUCUGCUUCCAUAUGGCCAUGACCUCUGCCGUUUUUGCGGGGGGCAUCACGCUUACCAACUACCGGGUGGUCUGCCAGGCGGUAGGCAUCACUCUGCACUACUCUUCACUGUCCACACUGCUCUGGAUGGGGGUGAAAGCCCGAGUCCUCCACAAGGAGCUCACCUGGAGGGUGCCCCCUCCACAAGAAGGGGACACCACCCCGCCUGCUCCCCGUCCCAUGCUCCGGUUCUAUUUGAUUGCUGGAGGGAUCCCACUCAUCAUCUGUGGCAUCACAGCUGCUGUCAACAUCCACAACUACCGGGACCACAGCCCCUACUGCUGGCUGGUGUGGCGUCCGAGCCUCGGAGCCUUCUUCAUCCCGGUGGCUUUGAUUCUGUUGGUCACCUGGAUCUACCUGCUGUGUGCCGGGCUGCGCCUCCACAGUCCUCUGGCGCAGAGCCCAAAGGGCGGCCUCAGCAGGGGCUCCCUGGAGCCGGGGGAGGAGCUGAGGGGCAGUGCCAGGCUCAGGAGCAGUGGUGCCCUCCUGAGUGAUUCGGGUUCCUACCUGGCUGCCGGGAGCGUGGGGACGGUGACCCCGGGACCCCUGGAGGACGACGACGGCCUCUAUUCCCCGGGAGUGCAGCUGGGCGCCCUGGUGACCACGCACUUCCUGUACCUGGCCAUGUGGGCCUGCGGGGCCCUGGCCGUGUCCCAGCGCUGGCUGCCCCGCGUGGUGUGCAGCUGUCUGUACGGCGCGGCGGCCUCGGCCCUGGGCCUCUUCGUCUUCACCCACCACUGCGCCCGGCGCAGAGACGUCAGAGCUUCCUGGCGCGCCUGCUGCGCCCCCGCCUCGGCCUCGAUCCCCCACGCCCCGCCCCGGGCCCUGCCCGCCUCCCCAGAGGACGGCGACCUGGCGUUGGCGGAGGACGCCCCAACCCUCAAGUCCUCCCCGAGCGGCGGCGGCGGCGGUGGCACGGCGGCCCCGGGCUCCGGCAAGCUCACCAACCUGCAGCUGGCCCAGAGGCAGGGGUGCGAGGCUGGGCGCGCGGCCCGCGGGGACGCGGAGCCCGAGCCCCCGGUCUCCCGCGGCGGCCUCGCUCCCCGCCCUCCCACCAACCUGCCCCCCGGGCGCCGCGGGCACAGGAGCCGGGCCAAGGGGCCCCGCGCGGGGGACGCGGGUGGCCAGAGCCGCCUCCGGGCCCUGCGCGGGGGCGCGCCUGGGACCGCGGGGCCGCUGGAGCCGGCGUCGAGCGAGAGCGGUAGCCUGCGCACCAGCCCGUCCGACAGCGGCCCCGGCAGCCGUCGCCCCAGCCCGCGCUCCGGGCCCCGGCCCGAGGCCGAGCCCCCGCUCACACCGUCCGAGGGCAGCGACGCCGAGGCCGGGCGGCCAGGCCGGCGCCGCAGCGGCAGCCGCGACAGCCUCGGGGGUGGCGCGCGGGACGAGGGCCAGCGCCGCUCGUACCCGCUGCACGCCGCCAGCCUCAACGGCGGCCCCCAAGCCGGCAAGCUCGACGACUUCCACCCGGCGGGCGCCGAGGCGGCGGGAGGCGGCUGCCUGAGGACGGGCCCGUGGAAGAGCGAGACCACCGUCUAG